GAGGGAAGAGGGGGAGGAGGAGUUCCCCUUGCGAGCGCUGAAGCCCUCUGCUCUGCAUUCCGGCGGAGCGCACAGGCACACAUCGGCCGCAGCCCAGUCCCGGGCCGAAAGACUUGUUGUCAGAAAGUAACGACGGGAGGAAAAAGUUACUCCGCGCGUAUUUUCCACAGUUUUUCCUCUUUGUUGUGUUGUUGAUACUUCGCUCCGGUUGUGGAAUGGUUUACAUUUCUUCGGAGAGCUGUCUUAACAGUGAGCGAAGGUGGUUUAUGUCCGCUUUUUAAGGUAGGAGCCUUAAUUUAUCCCAGCACUGUAUCUCCACACUAUUGGUGCACCAUGGUGAUCAUGACAGAGAACAGCCGGGGGGCUCAGUCCAGUCCUGCCCAGGGAAGACCACUGCAGGUUGGCUUCUACGAGAUCAUCCGCACCCUGGGGAAGGGCAACUUUGCAGUGGUGAAACUGGCCAAGCAUAAAGUCACCAAAACGCAGGUGGCCAUUAAGAUCAUUGAUAAGACCAGGUUGAAUCCCUCUAACCUGGAGAAAAUUUACAGAGAAGUGCAGAUUAUGAAGCUGCUCAACCACCCCCAUAUCAUCAAACUGUACCAGGUCAUGGAGACCAAAGACAUGCUGUAUAUCGUGACAGAGUAUGCAAAGAACGGAGAGAUGUUUGACCACCUGACCUCAAAUGGCCGUAUGAGUGAAGAUGAGGCACGAAAGAAGUUCUGGCAGAUCCUUACAGCAGUGGACUACUGCCAUCGACACCACAUCGUUCAUCGUGACCUAAAAACCGAGAACCUGUUGCUGGAUGCCAACAUGAAUAUCAAACUGGCUGAUUUUGGAUUUGGAAACUUCUACAAUGCAGGGGAGCCUCUGUCGACAUGGUGUGGCAGUCCACCUUAUGCUGCACCUGAAGUGUUUGAAGGGAAAGAGUAUGAGGGGCCUCAGCUGGACAUUUGGAGCCUUGGUGUGGUACUUUAUGUUCUUGUCUGCGGCUCUCUUCCGUUUGAUGGACCCAGCCUUCCUGCACUCAGACAGAGAGUCACAGAGGGACGAUUCAGAAUCCCUUUCUUCAUGUCCCAAGACUGUGAAAACCUGAUCCGUAAGAUGCUGGUGGUGGACCCGGCCAAGAGGAUCAGCGUGGCCCAGAUCAAGCAGCACCGCUGGAUGCUGGCAGACCCAACGGCCGCCCACCAGACCCUCAGCCAUUCCCUCACAGAGUACAACUCAAACCUGGGUGACUACAGCGAACCAGUGCUGGGCAUCAUGAACACCCUGGGCAUCGACCGCCAGAAGACUAUCGAGUCCUUGCAGAGCAGCAGCUACAAUCAUUUCUCUGCUAUCUACUAUCUACUGCUGGAGAGAGUGAGAGAACACCGUACCCAGCAGCUGAGCCGCCAGUGUGGAACCUGGAGUCAGAGACCCAGGAGCACCUCAGACUCCACUGGCCCAGAGGUGAUAAUGGAGUCCACUGACAGCUUUAGGACGACAGCAUUUUCAAUUCCAGCCCAAAAUCCUCCUCCUGUGUACUCAGAGAUGGAGUGUGAUCAAGGUGGAUUGUUCCAGCGUGUGGUGUUUCCAGUGGAGGCCAGCCUGAACAGAUUGCUCUGGAAUCGCUCCAUUUCACCCAACAGCCUGCUUGAGACAAGCAUCAGUGAAGAGGUGCGACCCAGAGACCUGGAGGAGGAGGAGGCAACGCAAACUCUCGGGCCCCUGCUCCCUCCCACCACCACUUCCCGCAGACACACUCUGGCUGAGGUGUCCGCCCGUUUCCACCAGUGCAACCCUCCAUGUAUUGUGGUCAGUCCUUCUGAUGGUGCCUCCUCUGACAGCUGUCUGAAGUCCUCAUCCAGUCCCACACCUACUCUGCAGGCUGCAGUGGGUGAGAUGUCAACGCUUGUGGCUUCUGGGGCUGAAGGUGGAGCACUGCUGCCUGCCAGAGCUCCUCUGGCCCUCUCGUCCCACCUACUUCCCCAGGCUCAGGGCAGCCUGCCCCCUGCCAGCUUCCAAGAGGGUCGCAGAGCAUCUGACACCUCCCUUACACAAGGCCUCAAAGCUUUCCGCCAGCAGCUGAGGAAAAACACACGCACUAAAGGGCUUCUGGGAUUAAAUAAGAUCAAAGGUCUGACGAGGCAGGUCGUCCCUCCACCCUCCUGUAACCGCGGCAGCCGAGGGUCACUGGGUCCAGCCCUCUCUGAGCACCGCAGCAUGCUGGAGGAGGUGCUGCACCAGCAAAGGAUGCUGCAGAUCCAGCACCAGCCUCAGCCUCAGGUCCAAGCAGCUCAGACAGGACCUACCCAGAAUCCCCUGCUCUUUCUGGCCCAACAGCAGUCACCCUCUCCUCCACCUGCUCCCGUGUUUGCUUCGCCCUCCAUGUUUGACACCCCCACCCCCUCCGCCCUGCCUCCUCAGCAAGCUUCAGUGGCUCUGCAGCACAGCCCCUGGCAACAACCCCUCAAGACCUCCUCCUCUGGCUGCUCCUCAUCCUCCUCAUCCUGCUACUCCUCUUCGCUGUCCCCUGUGGCCUCUGCUGCUUAUCUUCUCGAGGCUCGCCUGCACAUCAGCCAGCAACCCCACCCUCACUCCCACUCCAGCCCCCGUCAGCAGCCUCACUCUGCAACACAAGGCACCUUCCCCGUCCUGUCCAAACCAGUGGUGUGGGGCUUGGGAGCAGCCUCCAGCACAGAUCCUGACAUGCAGGAGUUGGGUCUGGCUGGGCAGCAGCAGCUCAGUAGCUGUGUGAUGGUGAAGUAAAACAUCAGCCAUGUUUCAGACCAACGAUUGCUCUCUCUGUGGAAGAUACUCGAAGUAAAAAUUACUUAAUUUUGAGCCCAGAAGAAGAGAGAGCAGAAAUGAGGUGACAGAACAAAAAGGAGAUGCAAGCGACAAACUUAGACUUUAUUCAACAACAUGGGGUACACGUGUUGUAUACACACGUGUGUAUGCUUUUGAUAUCAUAUAAGCUAAAGACUAAGCAAUAACCAAACUCUGGAUGAGGUGUUAAAUCCGUGUUAGACAGCCAGAGAAGCAAUAAUAGACUGAAAAACUCUCAUCCAGCUCCCUGAUGGACGCACUUGAAUGAAAUGAGAGCUGACGUUAGCUGAUACACUUAUGUCUCACAUGUUUUGAUGCUGUCUGACUUAAUUUCUUGAUCUUCUGAAAACAGAAAGGCUUCAUCUUCCUCAUUCUUUUUUUUUACCUGCUUUUUGUGUCAUUUCCUUUUCUUGAUGUUUUUCACUUGACUGGACAGACCAAAAUUAGGUUUUUUGUUUUUAAUUUUUCCCACUUUGUUCGCCUUUCUAAAGAGACAUUUCUCUGUAGCAGUGCAAUGAACAUGCAGUAUAGUGCCCUAAGCUUACAAACAUUCACCGAAGGAGUCAAUUUUGGUUUGUAUUGAAACUGUGAUAUUAUUUUUAUAGCUACGCAAAAUGCUGCUUAUACCUCAAGCUGCAAAAAGACUGCUACAUCCUCAUCAGCCAAAACUCAGUGUCUCGCUGAUUGAGUAAAGCACAACAGGUACAUCAGUCAGCUUGGUAGCACCUUACAUAUGUGGGUACAAUGAUCCAUAUUCCCUUCAUUUGAUAAGCACCGUCUUGUUAGAUGCUUUUACUACCUCCUCAGGCACGAAAUUGAAAACAAAAACCUGUAAAAAUCUUCUAAAAACAUGUCAACCCCAGAAUAUCAGAGGAAUGACACUUUUCAUAUGGACAGAACAAAGACUGUGGGAACAGUGCAAUAUUUCACAUUGAAAUACAAUGGUGGUCAAAAUGUACAAGCAUGUUUGCCUGAGGCUAUUUUGUUUUUACUUUUGUCUGUUUGAUCUUGCUGUGCUAGCUAGCUGAGUAGAAAGGGUACUAGUUAGGUAACAUAAUAAUAUGAUACUGUAGAAACUGAGAGGAAAGACUGAAGGCAUUUCAAAAUGCUGUUUCUGCACACAGCAUUCUUGUAGUUCUUUAACUGAAUGGAAAAAAAUGGAUUUUACCAAAGAGUGAACAGCACAGGAGAUGGGUGAUCUAUCACAGAUACACUACUGACUUUUCACUUUGAAUGCUGUCUCAAAAUGUAGCAUGGUGGUCAGCUAUCAUUCUCACACAAUCUCCUUAACUCUAGCUGUUACUAUCAGGAGGACCAUGGUGGUAUUCAUUUUUGUACUUUUCUAGAAAGAAGAAGAAAAAAAAUCUGAAGAUAGCAAUACCAUGUUGUGCUGGAAGUUGAACUUUCGUCAGUUGUCCAUAAGUGGCUAGAAAUAGGUAGAAAUGACCUGCAACAAGCUGAUUUAUUUGUGCAGAUGAUAUAUUAGAAAGCCACAAGAGAUGUGUAACAUUGUAAGUUUAGUUAUUUCUCUCAUAUCUGUGAAACAUCUUGUAGAGGAGCAGUGUUUUUCCAAACCUAGUUCUACUUUGGAAACAUGCAGUAUUCCUAUAUUUACCCAACAAUUUUUAGUUGAUUGCACUCAUUACCAAUACUCGUGCCUUUCUCUGAACAAACCCAUGAUCAGAUGUAAACAGGUGUCUGUCUCUGAUCACUACACUGAAGAAAUUAAAAUGGAUGGCUCCAUUAUUGGCCAUUCACUCAGAAGCCCCUUUUUAUAUCUUCUUUGACCUUUGAGCUUGCUGUAUUAACAGAAGCAAGAAUUGCACUUUAUUCAUAUUUCUUAUUGCAGAUUUUUGUUUCUCAUGAUAAAAAAAAACUUCACAAAACUAUUGAAACACUAAGAGUCUUGAUGCAAAUCUGUAAGAUGACCCUUUUUUACAAACUUUGGAUAAGAAGAAGUAUUUCAUGUUUUUUUCUUUGUUAUUCUUUGUUAUUUGUUACUGACUGUGUGAGCAUGUGCAUGUCUGUGUGUGACUGUGUGUGUGAAUGUGUGAGUGUGUGGAGGGGAAGAACAGAAAGAGAAGGAAAGGAGAGAGAAUGCUAGUUCAAGAAAGAUUGUUUAUUUAUGUGGCUAUUUAUUUAAAUAAAGUUCACUUCCUAAA